AUGGCAGAGUUGGAUAGGCUGCCGGCGCAGGAAGAUAGAGCCCAAACCCCUCAGCCCGCUGUUGAUUCCCUGGAGACCCCUCAGGCUAGCGUCCAACCAGAGCAUGACAUGCCAGCAAACACGGAGGAAACGCAGGCCAAUUCUCCUCAGCCUUACAACAGUGGGUUCAGCAACGGGCAGCCCAGCCAUCCGACCUCCGUUGACUACGCCCAAUCUGCACCUGCUCUGUCGUCACACGAGGGCGACUUCCCCUCGAGGUUCAGCUCGCCGACGAUGUCAUACCAGCAGCUUCAACAAGCGCCGCAGUCAAGCUCCCGCCCGGGCUCGGGGCUAUCGAGUGGAGGUGAUCGAUAUGGUUAUGCACAAUCGCAGCCGGACCAGAAUUCUCGGCCACAAGCUGGGCCGCCGAGCAAAAACAGCGUGGUGAUCAAAGUCGGCAUGGUUGGAGACGCGCAAAUUGGGAAGACAAGUCUUAUGGUGAAAUACGUCGAGGGAAGCUGGGAUGAAGACUAUAUUCAAACACUUGGCGUGAAUUUCAUGGAGAAGACGAUUUCGAUUCGGAAUACGGAAAUCACAUUCUCAAUCUGGGAUCUUGGCGGGCAACGCGAAUUCGUCAACAUGCUUCCUUUGGUUUGCAACGAUGCGGUCGCCAUUUUGUUUAUGUUCGACUUGACUCGGAAAAGCACCCUUAAUUCGAUUAAAGAAUGGUAUCGCCAGGGCCGUGGGUUUAACAAGACCGCAAUUCCAUUACUAGUUGGCACAAAAUAUGACCAUUUCGUUAACUUUCCCCGGGAAGAUCAAGAAGAGAUUUCUAUUCAGGUUAGUUUAGAGCAUCAACUCCCAUGUCUCUACUUCAAAUCGUUGACGAAUGCAGGCCAAGCGCUUUGCCAAGGCGAUGAGGGCGAGUUUGAUAUUUAG